GCUCAGAGGUUAACAAUGCAAUUGGCGUUAAUUGUAAUCUUUUGCUACACUUUAGUGAAUGCAGCAUCAGCCGAUGAUCUCCUCGAGCUGGGCUGCACCACGGACGAACAAUGUAAGCAGUUCGAACGGAGCAGCUGCCGAGAUUCCCACUGUUUUUGCACCGGAGCCGAUAGCGAUAAGCGCGUGGCCUGCAAGCCCAAGGAUCGAAAGUUGAGUAACAUAAUUGGAGGACCCUGUACACAGGAGCAUGCCUGCAGCCAGGAUCAUGCCGAGUGUGAUGCCAAGACGCAGCUAUGCUAUUGUGCCGCCGGCUUUAUACCCAGCGAGGAUCGACGCCGCUGCCUGCCGCAGCUGGUGCCCCUGGACGGACGCUGUGAGCUGACGAGUCAAUGUCAGUCGGCGGAUAAGUCAGCCGUAUGCCACCAGUCGCAGAAGAGCUGCCUCUGCAAGGCGCACUUUGAGCCACAUAACGGACGCUGCCUGGCCACAUUGGAUUUGAGCUGCAUCAAUGACACGACUUGCCAGAAGUUGGAUGCCAUUUGCGUGGAGAAGCUCAAUAAAUGCGCCUGCACCGCAGGACUCGUCCACAAUCACAACAUGACCCACUGUAUGCCGAGCGCUGUUUAUGGCGCCAGCUGCACAACGAACGCUCAAUGUCAGUUGACGCUCGGCGUCGACGCCAUUUGCAGCAACAACAGCUGCAGCUGCCGCUCCAAGUACUAUCCCAAGAUCAUGACCCAACAGGAGCAGAACCAAGUGAUGAACACCACCAGCUGCGAGCCGAUAGUGACCUAUGGCGCCUACUGUCACCAGGACAAGGACUGUCAGCAGCAGCAGGAGAAGAAACAACUGUCAAACUUGACAUGCAAAUAUGCCGAGUGCGUUUGCCAGCAGGAUUAUCAUGUGGUGGACAACGAGAAGUGUGUGCUGAAUGCAGCAUCUGCGAGGAAUCCGGUUAACAUCAUUCUAGCCAAGCUAAUGAUAACAACUCAGUUCUUUUGGCAUAUUUAUUCACGUAUACGUACAUAAAUAAAAAAAAAAAAACAAAUAAUGUAUAAAGAAUAUGAAAUGUAUUCAGUUUACAAAGUACAAACACAUGUAAAUAGAAGAUAAACUUUUUUU